AUGGGUCGUGCCGACAACAAGAGCGCAUCGCCAUCGAUGCGCGAUGUGUAUUUCCCUGGUAGUAGGGUCGGGAUUCAUCAAUUCAACCUCGCACCGGUAUGGAAGAGCGAUAGCUGGCGUUUGCAGUCCGCUACUGAGACCAUUGCGGAGGUAAAUGGUGCGCCUAUCCAACUCAGCACCCCCCGUACACGAAAGCUGUCGAGCCAGUUACCUCAGGCCGUCCAUCUGCGACAAAACCUAGUCAACCACGUUUUGAUCAACGGUUUACGUAUCGAGAUCUUCAUGCUGAAGACUGUACGCGGCCUGUAUCCGAUCCAAGAUUAUCAACUUCUAGAGUUACGCCCUCAACUACAAGAAGUCGUCCAUCGCCCCGAGACCUGGGCACGGGAUCAAUAUCUGCAGCGUCCUGACCAGAUUUCCACCAACACGUAUCGGGUUCUUGAGCGCUUUACCGGUAAUAUCGAAACAGCGAAAUUCUUCCACCAUAACGACAACGGCCAAGGUCUUCGCGACGCUGAAUUUCUGAAAUUGGCAAAGAACAAGGUGGAUGCAUCUCUCGUUCGUUACCUGCAGUCAGUUGAAAUCAAUCAUAUUCCGGCAGUGAUCACCGAAACACAUGAGGGAUUGGAGCCAUAUGCUGCCCUAGAAAAGGACAUCAAGGAACAACAUCCGCGCCUACGCUUCACAAUCGCCUCGAAGCUCCUGCGACGGCUCAUGUCUGCUCUCACCUUCUUGCAUUUCCACAAGAUUGUGCAUGGGAAUGUUACCAAAGAGAGUGCUUUACUUUGUCUGGUGGACUUCAAGCCUGAAACUGUGCUCCUAGUCGACUACUCGAAGUCAACGUCAAUCCCCAGCGGCACGCCUGAACCUCUUAAGAGGAUGGCCGAAGACGGCCGCGCUGUAAUGGAGAUCGUCGAAAGCUGCUGCGAUAUUUGGCAAUUGCGCAAGGCAGCUACGAAGGAUGCCUACAGCGAAGAAUUUAUGAUGACCAAGACUGAGGCUGCGAGUAGAGAGUUCGAGCUCAUGGAGACAAUGGAGUAA